AUGAAACUUACAACCACAAUUUGCUGCUCCUAUUUGAUUGCGCUUGCAGUUGCAGCGCCCAUUGAAGCCACCAGAUCGUCGGAAGUCGUUGCUCCAAGAAAUCUUGCCAGUAUUGAAAAAGUUCUAGAACUGAAAGCUGCUGCUCUUAGGGCAGCUGCUAUACAGUCAGCCAAAAAUGCUGUUUCAAAUGGGGUGAGUUCUGCUAAAAGUGCUGCCGGAAAUGCAGCUAGCUCAGUUGAACUGGCUGGGCAACUGAAAUUUUCAUCUAUUGUCGCCGCUGCCCAACUGGAGGCUGCUUCGCUUAAGGCUGCUGCACAACAAACUUUUGCAACAGCCGAACAAGAUGGUGAUGAUGACAUUGCUUGUACUCAAGAAGAUUUGCAACUGAAGGCUGAAGAACUUGAAAGUGCUGUUCAACAAGCUAUUGCUUCAGCUAAAGGUGCCACGGCUCUGGAAAUUGCCUCAAUCGAAGAGUCCUUGCAACUGAAGGCAGUAUCCCUCAAAGAAUCAGCUCAGCUAGCAGUCUCAUCUGCUGAAACUGCAGGUAAGCUGAAAGUCAUCUCUGCUGAAAAGGCCAUUAUUCUGCGGGUCGCAGCAGUUGAAGACAGCUUUUAUGAAAAAACUGGUACUACUAAGGGUUCUUUUGAACUGAAAGCUUCUUCUUUAAAAAAUGAAAUUGAGUCUUGGUUCUAA